UUUGCAAGGCUUGUACAGUAUACCCGUCCUGAUGGCACAGCGGGCCGGAAGGUGAAACCAUACAUCAUUGAUCUCGGCUCAGGCAACGGCACCUUCCUGAAUAACCAGCGCAUCGAACCUCAGCGCUACUAUGAACUGAGAGAGAAGGAUGUGCUGAAAUUCGGCUUCAGCAGCAGGGAAUACGUCCUCCUCCACGAGUCCUCCGAUGCCACGGAGGAUGAGCAGAAGGCAGAAGAGGAGGAGGAGGAGGAGGAAGAAUCCACCUGUCGCGCUGACAGCGAGUGAACCUGGACCCCCCUGGGGUCCACCCGGUGGACAUUGGAGCCUCCAAGCUCUGGGUGCCCUCCCUGCCUUAACACCUGGAGGUUCCUCGGGUGGAGGUGGCUAGGCCAGGAAGCCCCCUUUUUUUGCCUUGGGGUGACGUUUUUUAAAGUUCGAUGCUUGCGCAGCAUCCGAGGCAUUUUUUUCCAGUGCACGUUCCACGAGAAAGCCUCUCUCUCGAGGGGUCGGCCAUCCUGAACAUGGCAGGGCAGCCAUUUACAGUCCACAAGCCCUUCCGCUCCUUUCUCCUUUUUUUAUUCCUUGUG